UGCCGAUGGAGUCGUUCCAUGGCCGCUAGCAGGAAGGGUAGCAGCUGUGAGGUCAGGGAGACCCCCAGACACCUGCGGCUGCUGACCCGAGGGGAAAGACGAUUCCGGCUUAAGAGCGAGAUGGCGCUUAAUGGUUGCUUUAGUUUGAACUACCCUGGCAACCCCCAGCUGGGGGACUUGAUUGAAGUGUUUCGUCCUGGCUAUCAGCACUGGGCGCUAUACCUGGGUGAUGGUUACGUUAUCAACAUAGCACCUCUAGAGGAUAGUAUUCCUGCGUCAUUUACAAGUGCCAAGUCUAUAUUCAGCAGAAAGGCUCUGGUGAAGAUGCAGCUCUUGAAGGAUGUCGUGGGAAACGACACAUAUCGAAUAAACAACAAAUACGACGAAACAUACGCCCCUCUUCCCGUGGAAGAAGUCAUGCAAAGGUCAGAGUUUGUUAUUGGACAGGAGGUGGCGUAUGACAUAUUUGACAACAACUGUGAGCAUUUUGUGACUUUGCUUCGCUAUGGAGAAGGAGUUUCAGAGCAGGCCAACCGAGCAAUAAGUACCAUUGGGUUUAUGACAGCUGCUGCCGGUGCCUUCUCACUGCUGGGCUUGCUCCCAAAAAGACAAGGGGCAAAACACUUUUAACAAUUUACUGAAGAGAUAAGGGACCUGAAGGAUUUUGUGAGGAGGAAGAAAAAAAAAAAAAAAGACGAAACAACAAACCUGGAAUGAAUACUUAUUUUCAAUGAGUCAUUAUUGUUCUAAAUUCCAUUGAUAGAUGGCAGGCUCUUUAAUAAAUUGCUUACUGCUGUUAUCUCA